GAGCACAGAAGGCGCAGAUAUGAAAACCUCCUCUCUGUUGCAGCUUCACUCAGUCUGAGUGAAAACAUACGUGCCGUUAUAAGCUGCGUUUUUAAUCAUUUCAGUGUCCCAGAUGGCUGGUUUACCUCCCGGAGACCCCCAGCUGGUCGCUAUGAUUGUGAAUCACUUGAAGACGCAGGGACUGUUUGACCAGUUCAGGAGGGACUGUCUGGCGGACGUCGAUACAAAGCCUGCUUACCUACACCUGAGGCAGCGAGUGGACAACUUUGUGUCUAACCAUUUGUCCAACCAUACUUGGAGCCCCCAGUUGAACAAGAACCAGCUACGCAACAGCAUCAGACAGUUGGUGCUGCAGUCAGGCAUGCUGGAACAAGGUGUGGACCGCAUAGUGGCUCAGGUGGUCGAUCCUAAGAUACACCACACAUUUCGGCCACAGGUGGAGCGGGUCGUCAGGCAGUUUCUGUCUCCUGGCAGUCACAUGGAGGAGGAGGAGCCACCGUUUGCUCCUGGCCCAUUUGUGGAAAAACAAGAAGCUCAGCUGCCAUCUCCAGUUCCAGUCUCCAGUGCAGUCAACGACCCUACAGAUUCACUCUGCUCCCAGAGCCAGACUCAGGAUCCAUUCAGCAGUAGGACUCAAAGCGGAGACUUCACCCCGGAUGGCCUCGCCACUGAAACGGAGGAGGGAGAGGCAGAUAUGAGCCUGGUGGAGGAAGAUGAGACAGAGAGGAGGGAGGGAGAGGAGGAGGGAGAGAAAGAUGAGCCGAAGCCCAUGAAUGAAGGAGAGAUGAACAGUGAGAGAGAGAAGGAAAGAGAGAUGGAGGUAGAGAGAGAAGCAGAUAGUGGAGAGGUAAAGAAAGAGGAGGAGGUAGAAGAGAAAGAAGGGGGAAAAGAAGAAAAAGAUGAGAUGAAAGAAAAGAGCAGCAGCAAAGUGUCUGCGAAGAGCAAAGAGGAGAGCAGAGAUGCGGACGGGCAGAAGUCCUCCUCAGAGAAACAGCACAUCCGCCAGAGAGCCAGAGAAAGGCUCAAAGAAGAAUACUCUUUGGAGGACUCAGAUCUGGAGGGCCUGAGUGAUAUCACAGUGAGUUCAGUGCACACGAGUGAUCUCUCAUCAUUUGAGGGUGAAAGUGAGGAUGACCAGCCUCCGUCUGACUCCACUGAGGAAGGAGAGAUCACAUCUGAGGAUGAUAAGGUUCAGAAGAAGUCUGGUGGUGAGGACUCAGAAGACAAUAAGGAGAAAAAGCCUCGUGGUGCACGCCAAGGCUACAUACACAAGCCUUUCCUCUACUCUCGUUACUAUAGCGACUCUGAUGAUGAGGUGACAGUGGAGCAGCGACGGCGCUCUGCGGCAAAGGAGAAGGAGGAGAGGGUGUUGAAGAGACAACAGAAUCGGGAACGUUUGGAGGAGAAGAGGAGACAGAAAACAACACAGGCAGAGCUAAAGGAGAAAGAGCAAUCAUCCAAUCAAGAUCUUACACGGCCUCAAGCAAAGGAGGCAAGGAAGGAGAAAAAAGUUCUGGAAAAGAAAGUGGCACUGAGCAGGAAGAGGAAGAGAGAUUCACGAAAAGAAGAUGACUCUGGAGGCAAGAGGAAAAAUGAUGGCGAUGCAGAACCAGUAAAGAAGGAUGAGGUGCUAAAGUCUAAAGCAAAUCCUCUGAAGCCUGUGAGAAAGCUGUCUGAGGUAGAGGAGCAGCGCAGGAAGAAGAGUGGCAGCAUUUCAGAAGAUUUGAGCGAGCCACGCAAAAUCCUUGACAAAAACCGCACUCACUCAUUCAUAUUGGACCUAGAGAUGGGGACAGAGGAGACACUCAGACAAAGAGGCAGUGGUAAGGGUGAGCGGCAUGUUCGCAGAGACAGUCAAUCCAAGGAGAAAGAGCGAAGAGAGAAAGAUAAAGAGAAAAUCUCUGAUGAACGUGCCAAGCACAAACAGAAGCCAGAGAGCAGAAAAGGAGGAGAGACUGUGGCAGAGGAGAAGGAAGGAGGGCCAGCAAAAGGAACAGGUGAUGAUAAAGGAGAGAAAAAAGGGUUGAAGGUGAAAGGAGAAAAGAAGACUUCAGUGGCCAUCAGGGAAGGAAAAGUGUCCAUGUCAGAAGGUUCAGCUGGAGAGGAGACAAUGCUAAAGGACUUGAAAAAAGGAAAAACAUCCACAGAGAUUACCAAAGAAAAAGAGAAAGAGAGAACAAAAGGAGAAAAGCUGUUGAGUAAGAGUGAUUCAAAACCACUGCAUCGUCUGGAUUCCACAGGAUCCACUGAGGAGAGGUUGGAGAUUGAGACCACUUCAGAAGUCAUUAAGAAAAAAGACAAGCACCCCAAAGAUGUUCUGAAACGGUCAAAAAGUCACACCGAAGUCAAACCUGCAGAGAAGGUUAAGAGCAGACAGGACAGUAAGGAUUCAGGCACAGGUGAGCCUCCCAAACACUCAGACAUAGACAAGGAAAGUAGAAAGGUCAAGGACUCAGAGGCAGGCUCAAAAGUAAAAUCUGUCUCAGAAAAAAUGAGAUCCAAGUCUAGAGACGAUUUAAAACCUCAGAGUCCUCUAGCAGGUAAGCUAGACAAAAAACCUCCAAGUCAAGAGGCCAAAAGUAAAGCAGGAACAACUCCAAGCAAACCAGAAUGCUCCAAGGAGAAGAGGAAGGAAGGAGCAACAAAAGAGGAUAGGAAAGUAUCUGAGGACCGUGUUGUUGAGAAAGGGAAAGAAGCAAAAACCACAAAGAAAGCAAGUGAAAAGAAGAUAAAAGAGUCUGAGAAGAAAGGAGAGAGUGAGAAGGAAAAGAGGAGCUCUCAAGCAAAUGAGCUUUCCUUUGGCUCUCUAAAUCCUGCUAUCGUCAGUGAAGAGGUACAGGUUGCCGAAACAGUUUCCCCACCAACAGUUUCAGAUAUGCAAGCUGAGUCUAAUCUCACAGAGUCUGAAUUUACAGCUGCAGAGGGGUCAGACUCUCUCACAGAAUCUGAUUUUGCAGGCCAGCAGGCGCCAGAGUCCACUACAAAGUCUAAUCUCACAGAUACACAGGCCCUGGAAUCUGAUCUGCCAGCCCCACAGGCCAUGGAUGCAGUUUCUAAUUUCUCAUGCUCGCCAGCCUUGGGCAUACAAUCUGAUCUUUUAGCCCCACAAGCUGUAAAGACUGAGUCUGAACUCUCAUCUACGCAGGCUACAAACACAGAGUCUCAUCUUAUAGCCCCACAGGCCGUGGACGUAGAGUCGAAUCUUGCAGCCCCACAGGCCUUGGAUAUACAGUGUGAUCUUACAAACCCACAAGCCCACAAAGCAGAGUCUGAACUCCCAUCUUCAGAGGCCAUGGAUGAAGAGUCUAAUCUUGCAGCCCCACAGGCCUUGGAUAUACAGUGUGAUCUUACAAACCCACAAGCCCACAAAGCAGAGUCUGAACUCCCAUCUUCAGAGACCAUGGAUGAAGAGUCUAAUCUUGCAGCCCCACAGGCCUUGGAUAUACAGUGUGAUCUUACAAACCCACAAGCCCACAAAGCAGAGUCUGAACUCCCAUCUUCAGAGACCAUGGAUGAAGAGUCUAAUCUUGCAGCCCCACAGGCCUUGGAUAUACAGUGUGAUCUUACAAACCCACAAGCCCACAAAGCAGAGUCUGAACUCCCAUCUUCAGAGACCAUGGAUGAAGAGUCUAAUCUUGCAGCCCCACAGGCCUUGGAUAUACAGUGUGAUCUUACAAACCCACAAGCCCACAAAGCAGAGUCUGAACUCCCAUCUUCAGAGAACAUGGAUGAAGAGUCUAAUCUUGCAGCCCCACAGGCCUCGGACAUACAGCCGGAUCUUUCGGACCCACAUGCCUGUAAGGCCGAUUCUGAACUCGCAUCCCCACAGGAUGUAAACACAGAGUCUAAUCUCAUAGUCUCACAGGCCAUGGACAUGGAGUCUAAUUUUACAGCCCCACAGACUUCAGAUUCUCUCAAAGCAUCUAAUCUUACAGCCCCACAGGCUUCAGAUUCUCUCAAAGAAUCUAAUCUUACCACCCCACAAACCAUGGACACAGAGUCUAAUCUCACAACUCCACAGGCCUUGGACAGCAAAUAUGAUAUUCCUGCCCCUCAAGCCUUAAAGACGGAGUUUGAACUCCCAGCCCCACAGGUCAUGAACAUGGAAACUGAUCUCACAGCUUCAUCGGCCAUAGACACACUGUCUAAUCUUACAUCCCCACGGGCCUCAUACUCUCUCACAGACUCUAAUCAUACAGACCCACAGGCCUUAGACACAGUAUCUGAUUUCAUGCCUUCAAAGGCCUUUGACACAGAAUCUGAUUUUACAGCCUCACAGUCCGUUAAGACAAAGUCUAAUGUCGUAUCCCCUCAGGUCACAGGCUCUGAGUCUAAUCGGACAGAGCCCUCAGCCCCUUUGACAGAGUCUAAUCUCCCAGCCCCACAUGCCUUGGGCACAGAGGCUAGUCUCCCAGCCCCCCAGGCCCCAGAUUCUCUGACUGAGUCUAAUCCCUUAGCUCCACAAGUCAUGGACGUAGAAUCUAACCUCACAGACACGGAGGCGUCAGCCUCUUUGACAGCAUCUGAUCUCCCAUCCCCAAAGGCCUUGGACGCAAAGGUUCAUCUCCCAGCUCCCCAGGUCCCAGACUCUCUGACAGUGUCUAAUCUCACAGCCCCACAGGCCUUGGAGGUGGAGUCAAAUUGCACAGCCUCACAUGCUGUGAGCACAGAGUCUGCUUUCACAGCCUCAGAGGCCUUGGAUGCAAACACAGAAACUGAUCUUACUAAACAAGUGCCUGGCCCACCUGCCAACUCUUGCCCAGAGUCUGAUUCUACUGGUUUAACAGCCCCACAAGCUACUGGCACGCUCCCAGCAUCUGACACUGGAAGCACAGCUGUUCAAGAUGACAUGUAUGAUGCCCUGAGUGACAUUACUCCAGAGCCUGAGGAUGAGGAGGAGGCAGCCAUGAGACUUACAGAAAGCCAGGUACAGCCCUGCCCCCUCCCUGCAGAUGCAGAUGCACUCUUGACGCUUAUGGAUGUCUGCGCCUCUGCUGCCAAAAAUGAAAUGACUAGUUUGCCUGAACGGCAAGAUGCUGUGCCUUCAUUCCAGGAAGCAGACAUAAAGAUGAAGGAAGCGGCUCUCACUCUGCUCUCCAUGGACCCAGACCUUUCAGUGGCACAGAGUCCUAUUGCCACAGAGACUACUCCCAUUUGCACACAAGAUGUGGAAGCUUCAGCUUCAGGUGGUGCAGAGGAGGCAUCAGAAACAGCUGCAGAUUUCAUGACAGAGUCGGAAAGCGAAACAAAUGCUACUGCCUUGCCAUGUGUGAAGGAGGCAGAGUCACAGGAUGGAGAUGAAAACACUGAUGCUAUAGCCAACCCGAACUUUGAAGGCAUGGCUACAGAUAAAGCUACUGAAGAAGUGGUGUCAGAGGUGUGUGAUCAUGUUCAGAUGAGCAGCCUGGAGGCUGAAUCAGAGCCCAAGUCGGAGGUUUCUUCAACAGAACUUAUUUCUAAGGAUGAACCAGCAGGAGCAUCAGGUGAUGCUUCAACUGAACCUGGAUCCAGGGAAACACUUACAGAUAGUGUGACUGAGGCCACAACCAAUACAGAAACAGAAGCUGUGGAAAAACAACCAGAAACUGUAGAGCAAGAGGAGCAUGACAGUGCAGACACCACAGAGGCACCUGACUCCACGACAGCAGAAACCUCAGGUGUGCACCACACUGAAACCAUGAAGCAGUCAGAGUCGAAGGCACAUCCAAAGAAUAAACCUGAGGAUGUGGAGGAGACACAACGACAGCCAGCACGGAGAGGACGACCCCCUAAACUAAUCAAACAACCCAGUAGUGCAUCCAAGUCUGAUGGGCAGGAAGAGGACAGAUCUGAUGUGUCAGAAGUGGAUGACCGUGUGGAAGGCAGAGUGACCCGCAAAGGCAGACGAUCAAAUAAAAAUGCAGCAGCAGUCAAGGAAAGCGCAUCCAAAGCCCAGACCGAUCAAGAGGCCAGCAACAAAGAGACUGAGAAAACAACUCAGAAAAAAAGUGAGGAUGAGGAGGCUGAUGAAGGGACAGAGAGUAGAGCGCCGCGCAGAGGACGAUCAUCUAAACUUGCACAAACUCCUCAGAGAGAGACAUGCCAAGUGUCACAGACCCAAGAGGCAGAGCCUACAGAAGAGGAGGUGGAGCAAAAAGAGCAGCUGCGCAGAGGAAGGCGUUCUGGAGCUCAGACUGGCACUACAGCUAAACCUGCACUGAAGAGAAAGAGAUCUGACCAAGCGGAGGAUUCUGGGAAGGUAUUACCAGCUGAGGAAGAGGAACAUGUAAAACGUGCCCGAGAUCACAGCGAGAAUGUGUCUGAAGAGGUAGAGAAGCAGGAAGAGCUGAAGACACCGAGUGAUAAGGGUGAAGAGAAGAAGAAAACCAGUGAUGAUGGAGAAGAGGAGAAGAAAGCGAGUGACAAGGGGGAAGGCGAGAACAGAGAGGAGGUAGCAGGGAAGGACAGCAUUAAAGACUCUAAAGAGGAUGCAGAGGACGAGAAAGAAGAACCUGUGAAGAAGACUGCACGCAGGGGCCGACCCUCUAAAACUACCCCUGUAACAGACGAACCAGAGACCCCAGAGAAGAAAGAAGAAGAGACAGAGGCUGGAGAAGAUGAUGAAAAAGAAGGGGAAGAGACAAAAACUAGAGCCACCACUCGUGCUGCCUCUCGCCUGGAAGCUGAGAAGAAUAAACCGAGUAAGCCAUCGACUAGAGCUCUCAGUAAACUGAGUGGGAAAGAGGAAAACUCUCCAAGCACACGUGCUUCUCUUAAUCAGACGGCUGGAGCAGCGAAAGGGCGUAAGCGUGAGGCGAGUUCCCCAGCACCUCGCACACGCGGCGCCCACAAAGAAGAACCUGCCACCAAAAGAACCAAACGAUGAGCAUUUUGAAGGCACCUAGUCAAUUUUGCAGAUCUUCACAUUAGAAAUAUUUGUAUUUAAAACUCCUCAAAAUGUACUUUUACCUUUUAUUUUAUACAUUUGUUUUAUGCAGUCAGCUACAGUUUUAUGGUGAUAUAGUGCAUUCCUGGUACAAUGCAAAUGGACUCUGCAGCUCUUUUCACUAGGGCACAGGCUUGCAGUCCUGGCGGAGUAACCUCUCCUCUGCACAUUUGAGUGUUUUCCCUGCUCGCAACACACCCUUUUCGACUCAGGCAGGGCUUAUGAAUGAGCUGUUUAGUUGAAUCGGGUGUGUUAGGAGCACUAAAACGUGCAGGGAACCAGAACCAGAGAUGGGAACCUUCUGCAUUAGGGACUGUGAAACAAGUAGUGAGACAGAAUAUACCUCACAUAUCACAUGAACUCGAUUUUGACUUGCCACUAAGCACAAAAGUGAGUAGUUCAUUGAUGAACUUCACUGAGAACGUUUAAAAAAGAAAUGAGUAAUGACCAGAUUUUCACACCCAGUCACUAUGUAGGCAGGUUGGACACAUCCCUUUGAACACCAUUUGAAGAUGGACUAAAUAUGAAAGCCGGCAUCCAAGCCAAGCUUUAUGAGCUAGCUUGGUCUGCUACCAUCUAGCAUUUAUAAAUAGUCCUGAAUUUACCCAGUGAAUGUGUUACCUUCCUGCGUACAGCCUUGGAAGCAUUCCCUUUUGGCUGAGUAGCCCAUAAUCAAGUAGGCCAUUCUCAAAGUGUUCUAGAGCAGCUUUGGAAAGCUCGAGAACAUGCAAAAGCUCUCUUGUCUUUUUUUUGGACCAAAGUUCCACAGUGCAUUUCGUGGAAUUCUAGAGCUUGUUCUGCUGUUUUGGUUGGAUUCAAAAGUACUCUAGAAUAAGAGUUUUUGUGCUGUUGUCUCUGUUUGGACUGAAAAAUAUUUGAGCACUUUCUAAGUUAAGGUGUUCUAAGGUGAUGAACACGGACAGUGUUUCAUGUGACUCAGAUAAGCUAACAGUCUAAAGUCUGUGUCAUAUUUAUUACACAAAAUAAUAGUCACAGUCUGUCUGUCCUUCAUUUGUGCAGUGUUUUCACUCUGGCGUAUAAACCCAGUGCAUCUCACAUACUAUAUUCCUUCCGAAUUGCUUGUAUAUACAUAACAGUUUAAAAUGUACUUGGAUUCACAGGAAAUUUAGUUUUACAUAGUUUAAAAUCCUCAUAGUUUCAUGUAUAUUUGUUUUUUUUUUUUGUUUGUUUGUUUUGUUCUGGAUGCGUUGAUCCUGUUGGCAUGUUCAACAUGAAGACACUCAUUCUGUGAAUGUAAAGACUUCUUUUAUAUGUUUAGCUUUUAUUAUAAAGGUCAGUGGGACCAUCA